UUUCUCUCCUCCCUAACUCACAUACCCACAUUGGGAAUGCCUUACACGCCGCCCUCAAAUCGAUCUCCCGCCUCGUCAGCCUCCUCGUCGCCCGUUGCGAGCCGGCGUUCCUCACUACAGACAGGGACCCGACCAAACCUCCCUAGAUCCGCCUCGUACCUCCACAAGCACCGACGAACACCCUCAGCUUCUGCAGUCAGCGAUGGAUCAACGGGCACGCUGACACCCCAGGGCACAUCGGAGGAUCUCAAGAGCAUGGGCUCGGCCGUACCAUCCAACGUCCGCCAGUCUCCUCCCCCUCUGACAGACGACCGAGCCAUGCCAAUGGGUGCCAUUAUCUCGCCGCCCGACUCUGCUUCCUCCGGUAGCGAUGACGAGGAGCAGGAGCCCCAGAUCCGCGGCCGAAAGCUCGACAAGGCGCUUCGAGAUGCCGUUAGCCAGAUCCCCAUGCCACGAUCGGCAUCCCCCGAGCGAUCGCACCCCACACAAGAAAACGGCGAUAGCCAGCCUCGUCGGAAAGAGAGUGUUCACCUGAGCUUCAGCACAAGCGCCCUGGGUGACCUCGCCAAGGCGGGACGCAAGAAGGGACAUGUUCGCUCCGUCACUGAGCCUCACAUUUCUCUGACCAAGUCUGCCGAUAACUCAUUGUCAGUAUCGGAGGAAGAGACCGAUGAGGAUUUGCAAAAGAAGCCUCAGAUGGUGCGAAAGAAGUCGGGCGAACUUGUUCGACCUGCACUUCGCCCCCCCUCCCGACGACGCCCCUCCAGCAUGCCUGGUACCCCUGUCUUCUCCAAGGCUGUUCACUUUGACUCACACCUCGAGCAUGUACGCCACUUUCUGCAGGUGGACCGCCCUCUUGCUGUGAGUGCUGGCUCUUCACCCAUCGACAGCUACGAGAGCGAUACCGAGUAUCCCUUCCCUGGCAAUGGUCAGCAAAAAGUGCGGUCGCCCCCCUACGAGUGGGAGAUUCUCACCUCCAACUUUCCCCACGACAACGCCACUCGCAGGGCGUUGCCCGUGCGGCUCGAAAAGGUGUGGCUGUCCAACGACCAAAAGACGCUGCUAGGCUCAGUGGCUGUCGCCAACAUCGCGUUCCAGAAGUCGGUUACCUGCCGUUUCACUCUGGACUACUGGAAGACCACCUCGGAGGUUGCCGCUGACUACAGCCACGAGAUCCGCCCUCGGGAAACCCCGUUGGGCCACGACCGGUUUACCUUUUCUAUCAAGCUGGCUGACACGGCUAACCUCGAGUCCAAGACUCUGUUCCUCUGCGUCCGCUAUGCCGUCAAUGGACUCGACUACUGGGACAACAACGACUCGAGCAACUUCCAGAUUGACUUCCGCAAGAAGCAUCUUCCCCAGAACGGGAAGAACAACUUCCAGGGCGCAUCUUCCCGCCCGGCUAAUGGCCUUCCCCGGAGUAACCGACGCAACGGAGCCUCGACGGUGCCUCGCCCCAAGUCGAUGCCUGCUGGCUUCGGCGAGUUUGGCGAGGAUGCUAAGCUCAGCUUUGACCAGCCCAUCCACGAGUAUCUCGGUGAGUCGGGCAACGGUACGUCGGGCCUCCGCCUCAAGUCCAAGUCGGCGGGCAACCUCGCCAGCGAUAACAUGGCCAAGGGCUUUGGCUCGCCCAGCGGCCUUGCCUUUUCUAACCGUUACGACUUUGGGGCUUCUCUCAGCGCUGCCGUCCAGGCGGCCAAGGAUUCUGGCUCCAAGGAGAAGGACGGGCUUUACAUGAAGGCCAACGUCCGGAGUGCUAAGCCCACCCUCCCAGUAUCGACAACUCAGCCCUCAACACAGGUUCAGAGCCAGACGGCCCACGGGGCGACCUCGCCCAACUCAACCUUGUCCAGCUCCUCGUACGAAGAGCUGGUCAACAAGUACUGCUUUUUUGGAUCAAAGCAGUCGAGCCCUAACAUGAGGGACGGUACGCUCAGCGGUGCUCGCUUUGAUGGUUCUUCUGGAGGUGCUGCUGCUGCCCCUGCUCCUCACCGGAGCAACGUCACAGCUCUUGGAAGUCCCAUCGGCAGCAUCCAUCACGCCGGCCCCGCCGUUCAUCAUAGUCUUCCGCUGGGACAUGGUGUCUACCACCCUUCUUCGGCCCCGUCGACACCCAAAGAUGCCUUUCAGGCAAGCGCCGGUUCACCGACACCGAGGACAUCCGCCUCGGCAAGGUCCGCCUCACCUGCCUUUAUGACAUUUGACGGUACGCCGUCGGCCGAUAUUUCAUAUCAUGUCCAGCAACAGAUGAUGGAUCGGUUCCCCUGGACGGGUGACUCUCACGCUGCCACAGCAAUCCGAGGAUAGUAUCGCGAUGCCGAUUGUGAAUCGAGCUUCAUCCUCUGAGACGAGUCAACCUGCAACACUUACUACCAAGAGCAGCUCCAAGACUGUAGUGCUAUCUUGGUAUUUCUAUCAAUGACUGUGGACCACUUCUUCAACAUGGCCACAUCUAUCAAUCCUCCCUCCUGUCUGUUUGAUUCGAGACAGCACACUACACACACGAUGUGGCUAGCCUCGGAAGGGUUACUGGAGUAUGUUUUUACGGCUUACGGCCAGCAAUGUUUGGCGUUUACGGUUUCGGACUUGUCAGCGAGCAAGCAAGCAGCCUGGCAUGGCGUGCCGGGCAUCCGCAUUUGGAGUUUUGGGAGCUGUUUGGGUUUGCUAUCGAAUGCGCGUUGUUGCCUUUUCCUUAUCGCCUCUGAUUUACUCUCGUUGUUUUUUUAAUCCUGGAACUUUCUGGUCAUGUUGGUUGGCCCUCGAUCUGGUUGGCUGCUCUGCUCACCGUUGAACGGUCAGAGACAUUCAUACUUUAAUGUGGUUUUGAGGGAGCAGCAAACGGAAGGGUCACUGCAAUGGAACACGUCAAGGAAGAGGCUUAUACGGAGUCGGGCGAUGCAAUGCCUUGCCUGCUUAACCCGCGUCAAGAUGAGAUGUCUCCUGGAGCGUUGGCUUGACUGCGAAGACUGUACACGGCGCAGGGAAAGGAAGGAUACGGGAAGGGAAGGGAAGGGAAGGGAAACGGGACAAAAGUUUGCUUCCCUUGAGGAACGCAAGGGAUUUUGGGGAGUAGGCCAGACGGAUUGAUAUACACUAUACAAGAAUGCGAUGCAUGCAAAGCUAAGAGACUAUUUUGCACCUCA